GCGCACAAGGCGGGGUCAUGCCGCCGCUUCCCGGGCCUUCUGGGUAGUGUAGUUUCAGGGGUGGGCCGCGCGGGGCCUUGAUUUCCCUCCGUGGAAACCCCCAGGCGCGGACCCACGGCGCGGCCCGCCGCGUAGGCGCCGCCCGCGGGGCCGGAGGCUCUGAGGAUGUCUGCGAUGCUCCAGAAGCUCAAGAGGUUCAAGCUGCGGGACUUGCACAACCAGAAGAAAUUUGGGGUGGCGGGCAGGAGCUGCGAGGAAGUGCUGCGGAAGGGGUGCCUCCACUUGCAGCUCCCCGUUCAUGGCUCCACCCUGUGUCUCUAUGAGGAUGGCACGGAGCUGACUGGAGAUUACUUCUGGAGUGUCCCCGAUGACUCGGAGCUCGUGCUUCUCACUGCGGGGCAGACCUGGCAGGGUUACGCGAGUGACAUCAGCCGCUUCCUGAGCGUGUUCCAGGAGCCGCACGCAGAGCUCAUCCGGGCCGCCCGGCAGCUGCUCUCGGGCGAGCGGGCCCCGCUGCGGCAGAAGCUCCUGGCCGACCUGCUGGGCACCGUCAGCGAGAACAUCGCGGCCGAGACCAGGGCCGAGGACGCGCCGUGGUUCGAAGGUUUGGAGUCCCGGUUUAGGAACAAGUCUGGCUACCUGAGAUACAGCUGUGAGAGCCGGAUCCGGAGCUACCUGAGGGAGGUGACGUCUGGCGCCUCCCUGGUUACGACGGAGGCUCGGGGGGAGUACCUGCGGGUCGUGGCUGCUAUGUGCCAGAAGCUCCAGGCCGCCCGGUACAACAGCAGCUACUUCGACAGGGGGGCGAAGGCCAGCCGCCGGCUCUGCACGCCUGAAGGCUGGUUCUCCUGCCAGGGUCCCUUUGACGUGGACGACUGUGCUUCCAGACACUCCAUCAACCCCUACAGUAACAGGGAGAGCCGCGUCCUCUUUAGCACCUGGAACCUGGACCACGUCGCCCACCUGUGGGCGGAGCCAGUGGUCGGCAGCCGCGGGCCCGGUCAGCGUGGCACAGGCGCAGCUGUGUGGGGUCACUGCCUUGCCCAGGGAGCGGGAGCUCUGCGUUGUGACGUGUAGGGAGUUUCCUGCUUCAACCAGGGUGAGCAAGUCUUGGCCGGCAGGAGCAUUUUAUGUGUGUAUUAGCUCAUUCUAAAACAAAGGGCAGAAAUGGAAACUUUUAUUAUUUUAACUGAGGUGCUUUUCUUGUUGACCCCUGAACAACUUGGGGUUUGAACUGCAUGGGUCCACUUACACGUGGAGUUUUCAGUAGGAAAUACUAGAGUACUGCUCCAUCCACAUCGGUUGACUCUGCGGAUACCAAGCCGCGGAUACAAAGGAACCCUGCACGCAGAGGGCCUCCCGUAAAGUUACACGUGGAGUUUUGCCUGCGUGGAGUGCUGGCCCCUAACAUCCCCUGUCUCCCGUCCUGCGUGUUGCCGGGUUGCUCUCCAGGGUGGUCCCACCGACACCCUCACCGGCUGUGAGUUCAUGCGCCCCAGGCUUCACCACCUCUUGGUAUCAGUACUCUUUUUGUGUUCUCCCAGUCGGAUGGGCGAGAAACAGAUUCUCCUGUUGCAGUUCAUUUGCCUGAUUACUAGGAAGGUUGAAUGUCCGUGUGUUUAUUGGCCACUUGUGUCCUGUGAAGUGGCUCUUGCUUCCUCUGCUCAUGUUUUACUGGGCUUUGGUUUUCUAAUUAAUUUGUAGGAAUUCUUUCCACGUCCUGGUUACUGAUUCUUUGGUGGCUCUUUGUGUUACAGGUAUGUUUUUACAGUUUGGGCUUGUCUUUCGCUUCUGGGAUGUCUUUGAUCGUGACGGGUUUAAAUUCCAGUGUACUGAGGUGUAUCUCUUCUUUUUUGUGUGAAAUCCUUCCCUUCCUGUAUCAUGAAGAUAUCCUAGUUUUUCUCUUCUGGUUGGCUGUGCUGUUUCUGACCUGCCUGGAGCACCCCAAGAUGAUCUCGGGGCUCCAGGCCAUCUGUCUGCUCCUGUCUUUUCACGGCCCACUAGGGGCCACCGCCAGCAUCUGACGAGGGAAACAGGCCGGCCUAGAAGAGAACACGGAUGACGCAGCAGCGUGCCCGCCAGACCCUGAGUCGUGUCUCCUGAAACGUGCCAGUUACAUUGCCGCUCUUCUUCUAAAUACACAUACGUCCACAUUGAUACACGUACUGGCUUUUAAUUUAAAAUGCAGUUUUGACAGCAGGCAGCAGGGGUUUGAAAACACUGGUCUGAUUGUUUCCCUGAGACGUGGCCACAGGCCCACCCCGACUCUGGUGGGGCUGAAGCCACAAGCCACGUGUUUAAAUAGUUAAACACUAAAGAGUAACAAACUCUCAGUACAGCACGUGCUGUCCUCCCCCCUGGACCGUGUCGCCACGGCCCAGGCCAGGUUCCUGGUCCCAGUCGGCGGACUUCUCAGGGCUCCGGGACGUGGCUGCAGCAGCCUGCAGUCCGCAGCCUGCCCUCUUCUCUCACCCCUUGGGCCCCCUCACACCCCAAGGGCUGCACCACGCAUGUGCAGGCUUAGGGGUGCACGUACGGGGCGCAGCCUGUCCUGGGAGGAUGUUCCGCGCCUGGGUUCUGGGUGUGUGGGCUGGGCGGCGGGGCAGGGGUCCUGUUCCCCAAGGGCUAAGGGCACCUCCUCCAGCACCCGGUGUUGUGAGAGGUCUUCCUGUCUGGGACCAGCGCUUCCCUCCCUCCUUUCAAAACCAUCCUCGGCCUUUUCCUUAACUUCAUUCAUUUGGCUUUUAUUUUUUAUCCCUUCGUUCUACUUUUUUAGGUUUCUUCUUGCUUAUUAGUUAAUUUGCAUCUCUCCUGUUUUCUAACAUGUACAUUUCAGGCUAUCAGGUUCAGCUUUAGCUACCACCUGUGAGUUCGGUAAUUUUUAUCGUUAUUCAGGUGUAAGGAUUCUGUCAUUUCCAUUGUGAUUUUAUCGCUGCUCCGUGAACUGGUUAGAAGUGGGCAUUUGUUUUCAGUUGCUGCCGGAUUCCUAGUGGCCCCUCUUGGUGCCCGCUCGCUGCUGUGGUCACUCACGCCUCCUCUGAGCCUCAGUGGCGGGGGCGUGAGUGUGAGUGGCCUCAGACCCACGUGGCCUCAGAUCUGCGUGGCUGGAUUUAAGCCGCUCUGCCGGCUUUCCGCCCCUUUCUUGUCGACUUUGCGUGUCUCCAGGUUUGGGUGAGUGUCCCACUGGCCGUGUUAUUGCUCUUGUUCCCAUGGGGUCCGAGAUGGUCCCGUCAGAGCUGACGGCUGCCGUCCUCUGCCUGUGUGGUGACGGCCGUGCUCCCCGUCAGCAUCGGGCUCUGCCAGGUCAGUGGUGUUGGCACGUCCCCAGCGUCCUUCUGCUGCCGGGACAGCGUCUGGCCACCGUGGCCAUUCACACAGUGUUGGUUGAAUAAAUAGGAAAUGUGUUUGGACUUCUUUAGCCCUCUCUUCUGGGUUCCCAGUCACCAUUCCAGUCCUUCCCUUUUGGGUCUCCUUUGUGCUUUCUGUGGGUUUAACCGAGUUUUCCUUUUCCCUUGCCCAUCACCCCACCCUUCGGUGCUUUGGGAAAUAGAUUUCUGCUUGUGUUCCCUCAGUGGGGCCCCUGAGGGAAGCACAUCGGAAGCAGAAUCGCGUCCCCCUUGCCCCCAGGCCCCGUGGAGUCGCCUCGGUGUCACCCCCUCUGCUCACCGUGAGCCCUGCACAAAGCGUGGGCGUGUUCCCGGGGUCGGUCCUCGAUUAUGCUCACCCACAGAUCGCAUGGCACUCAGGCGCACUCCCUGUCGCCGAUGAGGGUCAGGGGGUUGUAGAAAGGCCCUGAGCGCUCGUUGAGCUGACAUGACUCCAGGCCGGCGGCCACUCGGCCCGCAGUGCUUUGGGGACGCGCCGCCUCUUCUUCCGGCGUCUGUUCACAAGGCUGCUGUCAGUGUCCUCUGCCUUUUCUGUGGCAGCUUGAGACUUUCCCUUUCUCUUUGAAAAGGAUGUGUAUCUAGUACAGAUCUCUGAUUUAAAUGCUGACCGGGACUCGUAGUCUCUGCUCUGAAGACGUGUCUGUCUUUGAUUUUGGGAAGCUCUUCAGCGCUGGUCCUCGGACUCCCCCUCCCACACCUGGACCGGCUCCUCUUGUCCUCCUUGUUGUGCUGCGUCUGCUGUUACACAUGCCCGUUCCAGGGAACUUCCUGCCACAGACUGCACGGUGUCCCCCAAAUUCAUGUGCUGAGGCCCUAACCCCAGGGUGACUGUGUGUGGGGAUAGGCUCUUCAGGAGGUGAUUAAGGGUAAAUGAGGUAGGAAGGGAGAAUCUGAUAGGGCUGAUCUGAUAGGACCGUGGUCUCGCAAGAAGAGAGGGCUUGCUCUCCACCACGUGAGGACGCAGCGAGGGGGCAGCCGUCUGCGAGCCGGG